GCAGUAAAAGUAGACCAUCAAAGCAACAGCAGCAGGAGGAACAAACAGAAGAAGAGAAACACCUAUUCCAGUUAUAAUUCCUAGAUACGCACCUGAAAACCAUUGACCUGACAAAGAGAGACGGUGUGUUUGGUAAUGAGUCUAGGUCAGUGAUGGAGGGAGAUUCUGUCACUUUAUUUGCCAGUCUCACUGAAACACAGAUUAAAGAGGGAAUCUCCUGGAAGUUUGGACCUCACAAAAUCACCAUAGCUGAAAUCGAAGUUGGUGACAAUAACAUCCAUUUAUAUGAAGAUAGAGCUGAGGGGAGAUUCAGAGGCAGACUGAAGCUGGAUCACAGUGGAUCUCUCACCAUCACAAACAUCAGAACCACAGACUCUGGACUUUAUCAAGUGUUCCAAACCAGCACAGACAAAAAUCUCAAUGUAUUCAACAUUGCUGUCUAUGCUCGUCUGCCCAUUCCUGACAUCAGCAAAGUUUUUUCACAAAAUCCAUCAGAAAGAUCAUCAUCAUCAAAUUGUUCCUUAUUGUGUUCAGUUUUGAAUGUGAAAGAUGUGAGUCUGUCCUGGUACAAAGGAAACAGUUUAUUGUCCAGCAUCAGUGUGUCUGAUCUCAACAACAGCAGCAUCUCUCUUGAUCUGGAGUGUCUGGAUGAUUCUUACAGCUGUGUGGUGAACAAUACCAUCAGUAAUCAGACUCAACAUCUCAAUACUGAUAUCUGUCAGACGUGUUCAGGAACCCACGGCUGUGCGUGUGGUUUUACUGAAGUUGUGAUCCGAUUGGUGGUCUCUGUUCUGGUGGGCAUGGCUGCUGUUGCUGUUCUGGUUUACGAUAUCAGAACCAGAGGAGAUGAACAGAAGAAGAGGAUGAGAUCAGACAUACAGUUAAACACACUUCAUUCAGCUGAGCAUUAGGUUUUGGUAUUGUUUAAGUUUUACUAAUCCUAGUUCUGCUUAUCAGUUCUGGUUCUUAUCGGUUUCAGUUCCAGUUUUGUCAAACAUCAAGAUAAUAAAAUGUAAUUCUGCCCACUUAUCGACUGUUUUGUGAAGUAAUGCAUUUUUGAGCACUGUUUUGAAAAAAGGCAAAUAUUAUGGUUAAACUAUGGUAACUGAGACAACUGCUAAUAUAUGGUUAGGAUCUACCCAAAAUAUCAUUCUUGAACCAUGUUUACUGUUGUAAGGCACUUUUAAAUUCAUGAUUAGCCUUUUGUGGUUUAACUACAAAGAGGUUUAACUGUGGUUACCAUGGUGAGGCUAUAGUUAAGUUGUGGCUAGUACUAUGGUUUACUACAAAUACCAUAUUUAAACUAA